CCUUUCUCGUUGCAAUCAAACCUGACCUUGACCCCAACAUUUUUUCCAUUGCAUAACUCUCUCCCUCUUUGAUCUUUUCUCUCCCAACUCGGGAGAAAAAUCUCAGUAUUAUCAAAUGGGGGAUCAGAUUGCGAGAGCAGAGGAGUUCCAGAAGAAAGCAGAAAAGAAGCUCAACGGCUGGGGUUUGUUCGGUUCCAAAUAUGAAGACGCCGCCGAUCUCUUCGAUAAAUCUGCCAAUUCCUUCAAGCUCGCCAAAUCCUGGGAUAAGGCUGGUUCAACAUAUGUGAAAUUGGCAAACUGUCAUUUGAAGUUGGAAAGCAAACAUGAGGCUGCCCAAGCUUAUGUCGAUGCUGCUCAUAGCUAUAAGAAAGCAUCUGCAAAUGAGGCCAUAUCGUGCUUAGAGCAGGCGGUAAAUCUGUUUUGUGAAAUUGGACGGCUCAGCAUGGCUGCGAGAUACUUAAAGGAAAUUGCAGAAUUGUACGAGUCUGAACACAACAUUGAGCAGGCUAUUGUUUACUUUGAAAAGUCAGCAGACUUCUUCGAAAAUGAGGAAGUAACAACUUCUGCCAACCAGUGCAAGCAGAAAGUUGCACAAUUUGCUGCUCAACUAGAACAAUAUCAGAAGUCGAUUGAGAUUUAUGAAGAGAUAGCACGACAUUCGCUCAAUAAUAACUUGCUGAAGUAUGGAGUUAAAGGACAUCUUCUUAAUGCUGGCAUUUGCCAACUCUGCAAAGGUGACGUUGUAGCCAUUACCAAUGCAUUAGAGCGAUACCAGGAAUUGGAUCCAACUUUUUCUGGAACACGCGAAUACAGAUUCUUAGCGGAUAUUGCUGCUGCAAUUGACGAAGAAGACAUUGUGAAGUUUACUGAUGUUGUCAAAGAAUUUGACAGCAUGACUCCACUGGACUCUUGGAAGACAACCCUUCUGUUGAGGGUGAAGGAAAAGUUGAAGGCGAAAGAAUUGGAAGAAGAUGAUCUUACCUAAAAUUUUAUAUCUCAAAGUUUGGUUUUCGCAUUUGGUCUUGAUGAUUGCAUUGUAUUCUGUGAUUGUGUACGAUUACUUUUCCUUCCUUUACAAUGGCUGGAUUUUUAUUUUAAUCCAUCCGAGUGUUUAUACAUAA